CAAAGAGGACAGAGUUCUAAGGAGAACAGGUUUGCAACAACUAAGAAACCUUGUUAAAGAUAUUGUGGUAGAUGGUCCUCAAGUAUGAACACAUAUGGAUUUUUUGAAUUCCAGAUGAGGAAAGAGCGCCAAUUAAUUGUUUCCUUGUUUACUCUUUUCUUUUUUUAAAAGAUGCUCCAGCCACAUGGAACCACAGAAUCUUACAUAUGUCUCAGAAUUCUUCCUGCUGGGGCUCUCUGAGGAUCCGGGACUGCAGCCGCUUCUCUUUGGGAUGUUUCUGUUCGCAUACCUGGUUACUGUGAUUGGGAACCUGAUCAUCAUCCUGGCUGUCAGCUAUGAUGCCCAGCUUCACACCCCCAUGUAUUUCUUUCUCUCCAACCUGUCUUUGGCUGACAUUGGUUUCACAUCCACCACAGUCCCAAAGUUGAUUGCAGACCUCCAAACUCACAGGAGAGUCAUAUCCUAUGCAGGAUGCCUGACCCAGAUGUCAUUUUUUAUGCUCUUGGGAUGUUUGGACAGUCUGCUCCUGGCUGCGAUGGCCUAUGACCGAUUUGUGGCCAUCUGUCAUCCUUUGCACUACCGGGUUAUUAUGAAACCCCGCCUAUGUGGCUUUCUGGUUUCGGUGUCCAUUUUCAUCAGCCUUUUAGUCUCUCAGUUGCACAAUUCGGUAGUGUUGCGAGUUAUUUAUUUCAAGGAAGUGGAAAUUGCUCAUUUCUUCUGUGACCCAUCUCAACUUCUCAAUCUUGCCUGUUCUGACGCAUUCACCGAUAACAUAGUGAUGUACAUUGUUGGUGCCCUGUCUGGUUUUCUUCCAAUUUCAGGGAUCCUUUUCUCUUAUUAUAGAAUAGUUUCCUCUGUUCUGAGAGUCCAACCCUCAAGUGGGAAGUAUAAAGCCUUUUCCACCUGUGGCUCUCACCUGUCAGUUGUUUGCUUAUUUUAUGGAACAGGUCUUGGAGUGUACCUCAGUUCAGCUGUCUCAUCUUCCCCCAGGAAAGGUGCCAUGGCCUCAGUGAUGUACACUGUGGUCACCCCUAUGCUAAAUCCCUUCAUCUACAGCCUGAGGAACAGGGACAUCAAGAGAGCGCUGUGGAGGCUUUUCAGUAGAGCAAGGUGAUCCCUUUGCCUUUUUUUGUUGUUGUUCAAGUUAAAAAACCCCCAUCAAAACCAAAUAAUGAGAACAUUGAAUUAUAUAGAUCAUGCUAGAUGAUUUUUGUAGUUUUCAUUCUCUAUGCUUCAUAUAAAAAUAUUACUUCUUUUCUUAUGUUUUGAAUGGUCUUGGGGGUGUAUUCUGGGACACUUCAUAUGUCACAGCUGCCCUAUGACUGAAUUCUGUGGUUCUUACCUCUGAAGUCUUCUUUGGUUUCUCCUCAAUGACCUAAGACACUUAGAGAAAUACACAACUCGCUUUUUAUGUGUUUAAAAUCUGUAUCCAUUUUCAGGGUUCAUGUGUAUCUUCCAUACAUCUACUGAAUCGAGUUUUGCAGGUUAUAUGUGGGAAUGUAUGUCAUUGUUCUUCACCUUAGCUCUUAUUUUAAUAAUCUUUGAAGCUUUAAAAAUUCUGAUAAUUGGAUUGGGGUGGCUUGAGCAUGAACAUUUUAUUUUUAAUUUAUUUAUUAAUAAUUUUAUUGGGGCUCUUACAG